CUUUGACUCUGAAACCAUGGCUAUCACUUCAUCGAUGCUGUGGUACGUCCGCCCACAUCCACAAAUCCCACGUGUCAGUGUUCCACCCGGCGUUGACCACAUAACUAGUCUUCCUGGUCAAGAGAACCGGUCGAUCGUCAGCCCUCAGGACAACGGAAAUUUGUCGCGAUGAAGUCGGCGAAAUCAGUCUCAAAGCAACUUCUCGUAGCAAUUCGUGGCUAACGAGCACACCCUGUGAUUCAAGACGCACACCCCACUCGUGCCACCGGAUCGGAGGGGAUAAUUUUUUGGGGAAAAAUUGCUCCAGAAAGCAAAUCCAACAGUGGCGGCAGCUAGCUACCCGGACUUUCAGUGUCAAAGCGCGCGCUCGUAGCGCCACCCGGAACGCGUGCUGCUCGGGCCUGCUCGUUCGUCCAGGAUGACGUCCCAAAAUCUCUGGCGGCUUUUCUGUCCCCGUACACCUGCGUGUGCCAGGGUCGCUGUGUGUUUGUGUUGGGCGUACGGAAGUUGGCCUCAGUCUCGUCCGUUGUGCACAUCUUUAGGCAACAUGUUGUGAAACAUCAUAGCAAAGUUGACAGGCAAACGAACUUUUAGAUGAGAAAUUGGCUGAAGCAAGAUUCCCAUGGUGGGGUGCCAAUUUUGCGGCUGCUACUUCCAGCUUCCGCUUGGGUGGGGUGUCUUGAUACCGCUCUAUUCUCGUACGGCUUAAACGAGACCGAAAACAAGCGCCUAUGGUUGUGAGCCGCAGCAGGUUUCCAAACAGCCAAUAUUGGGCGCAAGUAACAGUUCCAUUCCAGACUUGAAUUUGAGACGGCAGGACCAUGUAGAGUAUAGCUUGAUGGCAGCGUCGAUAGAAGGCAGAAAAGAAGUAUUGGAGCACCAGCACCCCGUUGCAAGUCGCGUUGCCAGGAGGUUGCCUGCUUUUUGUCGGGGGGUGCCGACCGCAAAGACCUGGCUGUUACCAGGACACAAAUUUGUCGUUUGUUUUUCUUUUUCGGACGUUGGCUCGCGCGAAUAAGUCGUUCUUCGAGAGCCGGAUAAGUGGUGUAUCCUUUUUGUGGUGCGCUUGGAAGUUCAGCAGGGAAGCAGAAGCCAACGCAGGUUGUUUGAGCAAACUCGUUGGAUACAGCAGUAUGAUCCCGGUGGAAUUUCGAGAGUUGCGCUAUUAUGAGUAUAUGUACCUGUCUCUCGUUUCAAUAGAUGUAAUUUUAUCUGCCUGCGUAGGCGGUCCCAGGGAGGACUGUCGUAGUGGCAGGCGUUGUGCAGUAUCGCGUCGAGACGAUACGCGCUUCGCGGAGAAUUGUUGUCACUUGUGCGUGACUGCCGAAAAGGAAUCAUGUCCGGGAUAGUGAGUAUUUUUCAUCGGUUGACGCUUGUGUACGUACCGUCACGGCUGACUAGGGUUCACGCUGUGUGUCCGCCGAAUGCAUCUGUACGCUCAAGGGUGAGAACAUGCAUCUUUAACCUAGAGCUUCUAACGUCGAGCCGCGAGAGGUAAUUGUGACAUUUGCUCCAUGAGAUGUGUGUUUCUCGGCCCUGAGUGUGCGGUUUUCGAAGCCGAUAGUGCGUCGAAACUAGUCAGCUCUGGCUAGUCGUGGUUUGGUUUUAAGCUUUUUAGCGCGUGUGUGCAUGUUGUGGACAAUUUUGAAGCUUUUGUUCUGUUCGAUCGAAAACACGUCCAAGCCAAGGGGUAUUGCU